GUUGCCUGGGUUCAGAGGUCAAUCAUUACCAACAAAAUAUGGUCUUCGGCGGAGMGCUCGACUCUUCAAGGAAAGUAAACAAAUAUUUUUAGCGAAAUAACGUCAGUAGACUGCUAUUUCGUUAAAUUACGACCAGACUGUCUGAAAAUGGUCUGAAAAUCAAAAGUGCAGGCGUUUGCACUGUUGUCGCUGGUUUUCGAAGACGCCAGUUAGCGCGCUAACGUUAGCAAGCUAGCCGUAACAGCAAGCCAACAUCACUGGACUGGUAGCUAUCUAGCUACACACCAAGGCUACAGCUAUGUUUGUGCAAGAAGAGAAGAUAUUCGCUGGAAAAAUAUUAAAAAUCCAUAUUUGUACAAUGGAGGGUACGGAGUGGUUGGAAGAAGUUACAGAGGAUACCACUAUUGAAAAACUCAAAGAGAAGUGCUUGAAACAUUAUGUACAUGGAAGUCUUGAAGACCCCAAAACACUCACACACCACAAACUUGUCCAUGCUGCCACAGAGAGGAUCCUCAUGGAAACAAAAACCGUUUCAGAUGAAAAUUUAAAAGAUAAAGAUGUUCUUCUACUGAUAAAGAAGAGACCACCGCCACCCCCUCCGAAAAUGGCGGAUAUAUCUGCAGAGGAGAAGAAGAAGCAAGAUAACAAGGCUCCAGAUAAGGAAGCUAUCCUGAAGGCCACCGCUGGCCUGUCCACCCGCCACACUGACCGCACUGUCACCCAGCACAACAUCAGAGACGAAAUCCCAUUGAGGUCAGAAGACCUCAUUCCCACGGGAGACCUGUUUCAGACGGAGCUUAGGAAAAUCCUUGUCUCUCUCAUUGAAGUGGCCCAGAAGCUUCUCGCCUUGAAUCCUGAUGCUGUGGAGCUCUUCAAAAAGGCCAAUGCCAUGCUGGAUGAGGAUGAUGAGGACCGGGUGGAUGAGACGGCCCUUCAGCAGCUGACUGAGAUGGGUUUCCCUGAGAGCAGAGCCAUCAAAGCUCUCAGACUCAAUCACAUGUCGGUGACCCAGGCCAUGGAGUGGCUGAUUGAGCAUGUAGAUGACCCCACGGUGGACACCCCCCUGCCUGGCCAGGACACCCCAGGAGCAGUAGGGGCCACAGCACCCCCCCUGGUCCAUUCUAUCUCGGCCUCCGCUUUCCGUCCCAGCCUCCUCCGCACCCUCUCACAGACCAGCACAGACGACGCUGCCACCGGAGCCAGGCAGGACGAGCUCACUGAGAUCUUCAAGAGAAUCCGAAGGAAAAGAGAGUUCAGGCCCGACUCACGGGCAGUCAUUGCUUUAAUGGAGAUGGGUUUCGAUGAGAAGGAGGUGGUCGAUGCUCUGAGAGUCAACAACAACCAACAGGACGCUGCGUGUGAGUGGCUGCUGGGGGACAGGAAGCCGUCUCCAGAGGACCUGGAUAAGGGCAUCGACACCAACAGUCCUCUGUUCCAGGCCAUCCUGGAGAACCCCGUGGUCCAGCUGGGCCUCACCAACCCCAAAACACUGCUGGCGUUUGAGGACAUGUUGGAGAACCCUCUGAACAGCACCCAGUGGAUGAACGACCCUGAGACUGGGCCUGUCAUGCUGCAGAUCUCCAGAAUCUUCCAGACACUCAACCGCACGUAGACACUGCACAAACGGUGUGUGUGUAGGCGUGUGCAUUUGUAUGUAGGCGCGCGUGUGUGUGUGUGUGUGUGUGCGCACGGCUGUGACAAGUAUUGUUUUCGCCUUGAAAAGUCAAAGCCGGAGAAGAUGUGUAAAUGUAAGAGUUCAGAAGACGGAGAUGUGACAGAUAUAUCUAUUUAUACCACAGAAAAAAGAACAAUGUUAACAUGAACAUGAUUAUAAAAAUUAUUAUAAAAAUUGUUGUUUUUUACAUUUUAAUAAGAACAAUUUAUAGUUAAGACCUACAUGAUUUAUUUAAAAUAAUUUAUCCAUGUACCUAAAAAAAUGACCAUCAGGCAUCAAAACAAUGUUUACACUUUAAAAUCAGUUUUUGUAUGUUUUGCGAUAUUUAAAUAUCAAUUACAGUUUCAUUUGUUUCCUUAAAUUGCUACAUUUCAUCAAAGGCGAAUGACUUCAGGGCAAGCAGUCAAGUCCGUAUCAUUUGGUUGAAGACGGGUCUGCAUGUGAACAUGCACCCUAACUGUUGUGUGUCGAGGGAACCAGGAUUCAGUACUAGCCAGGGGUGUGUUCAAAAGGUUGAAACGUUCAGAAUGUUGCAGAUGGUCCCGUGUGGCACCAUCUGCAACAUUCCCACAGGGUAACAGUAUGAAAAUGUAUGCCCUCACUACUGUAAGUCCCUCUGGAUAAGAGCYUCUAAUAAAUUACUUAAAUGUAGAUAGAAAUGUAACAUAUAGAACUGACAUGAUGGAUUCUCUCUCUGACAAAGAAGAAUGUAUGUUCUAAAUGAUGUAUUUCUAUCUGAACGUUUUGUUACUGUUCAUCUUUCUGAAUGAUUAAGCCCCAGGUGAUGUUAGAGGGCAACGGUUGUGCUUAUCACCGUCAGUAGAGUGUAGAGGUACAGGGGUGUGUUCAGUAGGAAGCAAACAGAAGCAAAUGGAUUGAAACGGGAAAGGGCCUAUCUGAAUUUGUCCAAUAGAAAUUCUCGUUUUCAUUGUAAAAUGUUUUACUACACUGGCACUAAUGAAUGCACCCCAGGUGGAUGUGGGUGGUCAGACACUUUACCUCUCACUCUGUUCAACCUUGGGAACCUACUGCCUGCUGUGAGUCACUACUCAAAAGAUGUGGAAAAGUAAAGGAGGACAUUUUCUUUGUGCUUCUCCCAAAUAUUUAUUUAACUGCUACAUUUUUUGUUGUUGCCUAUUUUUAGAAAAGUGUAGUAUUAUAAGCUGUCUUUUUAGUGUCUGUGAAGUCAAGUCUGUGUAAUAAUGGUCUUUGGUCCUGCUUUAUCUCGAGACCUAUGUAUAAAUUCUCAAUGUGCUCUGAUUCUGCGCCUGUUCUCAAUACUCUUACCACAGCUCACUGCAGCAGGCAAAAUAUUARUCCCGGAACUCCUGAGAAAUACAUUUUCUGCCAAUGGGUGGUAUGGUUGGCCUGAGUGCCAGUCUGUUUGUGCUAUCAUGCCAACUCAUUGUCACUGYUUGUGUCAACCCAUAUUUGGCUUGACAAUGAGCAAUGGAGCUGACAAGAGCAACAACAGAUCUGGGACCAGAAUACAGUAUGAUAGGUUUCAGGGGAAAUUGAGGCUUGAUCCACGAACAUCACAAAUUAUUCAAAGGUAGUUGUUUUAAGUGAUGUGAAGGUGUAUCAUUCCUUCCUGCAAUGAAGCAAACUWGGUAUCAACAUGUAACCCAAUGCAUUGAAGAAUUUUACAUGCAGUGGUAUACUGAGCUAAGUAAAACCCCUAGUCUAGUGGUGGGCCGUUGUACUUUCGAGAGCAAAGUAGAUGUGAGCUGUUUAACCAAAACAUGAACUUAUUAUUAUUGACUGUGAGAUGACUUGCCUUGUCAUCAGACAGACCAGUUCAAACUACAAUAAUACAGUAACUUGUUGUGCAAUAGCUAGAAUCUAUAGAUGGACUUGAGUUUUGUAGACUUGUUAGAAUACAUAUUUGAUUGGAGUGUUAGGAAUGUGUGAAAUGCAAUGGGUUAGUGAGGCUGUAUGUUUAUUCUAUAUCCUUUGACAGUAAUUUAUAAUAACAAUAAGUGACUUCCCAGAAACACUAGUACUGCUUUUGUUACAUAUGAUUCAAUAUGACUGAUUUAUGGGGCUCUUAGUGUGCUUCCCAAAUGCACCAUGUUCCCUAAAUAGUGCACUAGUAUUGACCAGAGCCCUAUGGGUCCUGGUCAAAAGUAGUGCACUARUAGGGAUUAAGGUGCCAUUUGGGACAAAGACUUUGUUUUCAUUGUGAAUUUKAUCUAAAAGAAGAACAUGAAGGAUGCAUGGUGUGUUUUGCCAAGCUUUGAGUGUUUUAUUCAAUAUUUGAAUUGUAGUGUUGAUGUGACUUUGCUCAGGGAGGCUGUUUUUUUCUAGCUAUGCCACCAUGAGGCAAAUCUCUACUCCUGUUGUGCAAACAUUUGCCUGAAGACUUUCACUGAUCCAUGAUAACCUGGCUUAUUGAACAGAGRGUCACUAAGUAUGGUUUGGUAAAAUGCAAUAUUUCACAAUUAUUUAAAUGUUUUUUAAUGGAGAAGUAUUUGCUUGAAUUGUGUGUUUAUUUAUAUUUUAGCCAAAAUAGUUACUUGCUCUUAUUAAUAUUACAUUUUAGAGAAUCUGAAAUUUGCACUUCAAGUUAUUGAAUUACAAUUUCUUUACAAAAUAGAUCUAUACACAUUUUCAGAAAAUACGUUUUUCACUAGCAGGUCACGGAUCUGUCGAGCAAAGUAGCAUUUUUGAAUGUUCAAAGCAUUUGUAUAGAUGGAAGAGGAGACUACAUUGGCAGCCUUUCUGUAUACAGGUCUAGGAUGCUGUGGCAGAGUUUUKUAUCAUGGCUAGUGUUAUUUGUUAUAACAACAUGGACCGUUUUUUGUUUUUCAUAGUAAUCCAAUAUCAAAUCAUGUAUUUCCCAACUGCAGAGACUGAAAGGUAGAAGACUCUAGGUACAAACUUCAGCCGUCAGGAGCUGAUAGGCUAGAUUGGUAUUUGAUCAGUGCUUAAGGGGUAUUUUUAGUGUGUGAGAGUCAUCUUGGCAGUUGGAUUGUUUUUACUGGGUUCCAUACUAUACUGUCCGGUAUUAACAACCUAUGCAAUAUACUCUCUCAUUCUGUUAAACCGACUAGCCUCGCCCUCGGGGCUACUGUCAUUCAAAUCACAGUUACAUUAAAAGCAUUUCUGUUGCUGUUUUCUUUUGGAUCCUGUGCUUUGUUUACCUGAAAUGGGGGGAAUGUUUKAUCUCCCUUAGAUAGUGUGGACCUGUUAACGAGAGAGAGAGAGAGAAUCAUAGUUGCUCAAUGCAUUUCAUACCGAUGAGACUGUGUUUUUUUUAUAGAUGUGAAUUAAUCUAUAGCCUGGAUGCCAUUCUGUUCUAGCAUUAGCCAGCKUAGACUAUGCUGCAGGUUAUCUAAUGUUGAAACAUAUUGACAUUUUUACUAUGGCACCACUAAUAGCAUUUAUUAAGCAAAGUAUCUGACAUCACUGGCCUGUGCUGCUUCAUGUGUCUUCACUAAAGCAGUGUUCUCAGGUUGCAUGUUGUGUGCGGUACUGACACCUGACAGUUCUGUUGAUUAGGGAACAACACUGACACCUGACAGUUCUGUUGAUUAAGUCAAAGCACUCAAACACCACUGUUCUGUUGUCUAUUGAUUAGGUAACAGCACUGGCAUCUGACCGUUCUGUUGUCUGUUGAUUGGAUAACAGCACUGACACCUGACAAGUAGCACAGAUACUUGGUAUAUGGUAUUUGUCUGGUCAUUAACUUACUCCUCUCAGUUUGCCCAACUCUUGUCUUGCAGUUGGUCCCAAUAUACUCCCUACGCCCUUGGUCCUAACCAGUACGUGGAUCUGACCUUAGCAUGUUUGCAGAUACGUAAGGAGUAGAGGAAUAUGGUGUAAGCUCCACCACUACUACACUGGUUAUGCCUAUCCAGACCGUUUCAGAUCUGCAAGCAUCAAAGUUUAGGGCAAUCAGCAGUUGCUGCAUCCCAUUUUUGGACAUAGAAGUUGAUAUGUACCCAUUGAUUCUUGAAUGAUAUAAUUCAUAAAUGCUUCAUGAGCGUAGAUUAACUGUUAUACCCCAUCAGAACCAAAAUAUAAGCUUGUUUUACACCAGUSUUUGUAAACAAUGAACAUCUAAACAAACACUAUAUUGCCUCAAAAUGUUGUUAAAACUAUAAUUUUGAUAUCAUGUAUGAUCAGUCCUUACAUUCUCCAGCCCUAUCCCUCAGCUUUUUACCUGAACCAGCGGUGGGGAGGCCACUUUGUUAUUGUGUCUACUGCUGAUUGCAGCUUUAAGGCUAAGUUCAAUGAACGUGGCCUUAAGAUGCUUUUGGGAAACCGCGACCUGAUCUAGUUUCUCACUCCGGGUCAUAUUCAUGUGAAUUUGUUCACUUCUCACCUGUGGAAAAUGUGAAAAGCUUUGUAACAUCACUACUCAAAUGUAGUACCAAUUAAAGGCUUUUGAAUUUAA